AUGCCGGUCUCCUUCUACGAUGAGAUCGAGCUGGAGGACAUGUCCUACGACGAGGAGAAGGACUUGUUCCACUAUCCCUGUCCAUGCGGCGACCGGUUCGAAAUCACCCGUCAACAGCUCAAGGAUGCUGAAGACGUCGCUAGAUGCCCAAGCUGCUCUUUGAUCAUUCGAGUAGUAUUCGACCCUAUCGAUUUUGAAGACGACGACGACGAGGCACCUCUCAACGCCAUGGAUUCAGCAAAUCAGGCUGUCGCCGUAGCUGCUUAA